GUGAACCUUGAUAGGCGACCGCCAGUUCCCAUUCUGCUUUCAAGCGCUCACUUGGUUUCGUCGACCCAGAGAGCAACAGACAACACCCUUACUAGCAUCCAGGCAAUGGACUACAGCCCCAUGGACUCUCAGUCAUCUUCGUUCGUCGUAUCGUCUCAAUUGCAGCCGCGCGUAUUCAGCCACAAGCGGCGUCGCAAUGGCGCGUUCACCGCGGUCGUGCAACCUGAGGGAGAGUACGACUUUGUUUUUAGCAGUGUAUGUGAGAGCUGCUGCACUACUUCGGGCGAGAGCUCAAGCGACGAGAGCGACAGCACCUUCGAGGUUGAGGACGAGGUCGAAGAAGAGGAGGCGCUGGUAGCCGCCAAGCGACGACGCCGCGCCGAUCUGGACGGGCUCAAGAAGUCGGUACGGCACAUGGAAGCGCAGGUGGUUGAUGCGUCCGCCCAGUUGAGAGACCUCGCGGCGCUCGUAGCGCAAGUUGUCGCCCGACGCCAGCUGCAGAAGCAGCUCCUUGUAUAGAUCACACUUCGAAGUACGCACCGUUCAUCCAGUGACCCAGGCGCUCCCUAGUUUAUAACGACCCGGCGAUGCCAUCGGCAGCGCAGAAAGCGUUCAAUUCGAGUCUUCGUCGGCAUUCGUGGCACCAAUUGUGCCCAGUCCAUAACCGUAAAUCACAAAUUCAAGGUUGUUACGAAGUUCGUCAUGCAUAAUACAGUACCGUUUUGACUCAUAAAGUUUUAAUCUCAUCUCAACGACAGUGCUAAAUUCUGCUC